GAUACUGCACAUGAUCGUUUUCACUGCUGCUUACAACAUCUCCGGGCAAAGACGUGGUCAAAGAUGUUUGCUAAAGCGACCAGGAAACUUGUGGAUGAGAUCGAUCCCAACGGCAGUUUAAUCCCUGUCUCCCGGCUGAAUGAAUCUGAUAAUUUGACUGUCUUCUCGCUCGUCAUCAAGCGGAAACCCUGUUGGUUCUGGCAGCAACCUAAAUACAUUCCUACAGACUUUACCCUGAAUGAUUUGCUGAUUGGAGAAAAGAUAAAUCCAGUUCUGACGGAGAAUGACUUUUUAAAGUAUAAUAAUACAGUGAAAAGCGACGCGGCUGGAGGAGUUGAAGCAGGUAUCGGUCCUGGAGGCAUGAAUAUCGAAGGAAAAAGUUUAUUCAAACUGGCAACCUCAUUUGGGUCCCUUAAGAAGCAAGAAGUUGAUGUUCAGUCACUGCUACAUGACUUUAAAGAUAGACAACUGGAUUUUCGGCACUGCCUGUUGAAGCAGAUACUGCAGCGGCGGCGUGAAGUGUUUGCGCUGGUAAAGGAGCGAAUCAUAACCACAGAGAUCUGCGAAGUUGCUGAGGAAGUACAGGGGGGAGGCAGCUGCUCAGCCUUUUUUGGACUCACUGUUCCCAAGACGAUUCAGGUUUCGGUAAAGAACGGCGGCCUGAAUUUAGACCAUAAUGUUUUUCUAGAAAUUCCAGCGAGAACGGUCCUGGCUUACAGUCUAAUGGAGCUCACCGUGAAGAGAAAGGGUCAAUUUGAGCUGUGCCUGUUGCCAGACACCUCCGGAUGCUUUGAGGUGGAUGGCCUGAAAAAAACAGACGCAAACUUGGUCUGCAGUACUCCAUUAGAAUCACCAGUCCAAAAGCUACAGGAAGAGAUGGAUGGCCUGCAGGUUCAUUUCAAGGUGCUUUCAGGACUCCCAGCCAGCACACGCUCAUAUCUCUUCCAGCAAAUCACUUCCCUCCUAAGGGACAAGGCAGCCAUCAGUACCCUGAAUCUUGCAUUGGAGGAUUUGUUCAGUGAUAGGAAGUCUGAUCUCUCCACACUGGACAAAGCGCCUUCUCUGAAUAAAGCAGUACAGACUAUACUGGAGCUGCUCAAGGAGGAAGAAAGUACAGAUCAUGACCCACGGGAAGGAGUUCCCGAUGAAUGGCAGUUGAAGCCCUCUGCCAUCACUGCCACCAGCAUCCUCACAAGUGCCUUAGAGGAGAUGACUGAGCCCGCCUUGAAGACGCUCAAAUCAUGUUGCCAUUGCCCCAUCUUACAGGCAAUGCACCUGCUGGUGGAAAAUGUUAUGGGAAACAAAGAGUGCUCUCUGAAGGAUAGCACACUGGCCACGUUGGCUGACAAGGACACUUACAGCAAAGUACAAGAGCUCUUUGGAAAUUACAGUGUGAUGCUGUCCAAAAAUGAGGACUUGAUCCAGGCGCAGAUCACCAACCAGCAAGAGCACUUUCCUCUAAUCUUGUGCAUUGCCCUCUUUGGUUUGGCCUCUUUAGCAUCCCCAACUUUUUCUUCAUAAAUAUUUUAUACAGAUCAACAAUCAUUUUAUAGUGUAACAAGCAGGACUUGAUGAAUUGAUGGGGAUGGCUACUGCUGCCUACAAGUCUUGUCACACUUCCUGAUGACGAACAAAUCUUGUGCUAAUACUGGAAACACCUGGCUACUAAUCCCACUCUUAAUGAUUGUGGAAGUAGGAAGAGUGGACUUAUUUUUCUCACCUGAUUUCUGAAUGUUGGUUUACUUUUUGGAAGAAGUGACUAUAAACUGAACAUUUGACCUUGGCCCUUUUAGUUCAAUUCCAAAAUCUCAUUUGUUCAUCUACUGGUUACAGCGAUACUUCCAUUUUCCUCUAUUGCACACUGUUGCCCCAGGGUACAAACCCACAUUCAUCACUUUAUAAAGACAUUAUACAUAUGAACUGGCAGUAAAAGGGUUAAUAAUGGAGGGGUGGCUUGGAACCAACCAACAAAAAAACCUUUAUUUGGUCAUAGUACUUUCCGCAGGCCAUUUUAAAGUCUUUUUGCGGCAUGGUGGAUAUCAUGUUGAGGGUGCAUGUUUUUGCUCUGGAGAACUGCCCUCAAUAAAUUUAAAAAAAGCACUUUUUUAUUGAUUUUCUCAUCCAUCAGAAAUAUGAUUCACAUUUGUUAGUGGGUGACCAUUUCUAAACAUUAAAAAUGAAAUUAUUUGUGUUCUCAGGAAUUGCUUAAAUGUUUGUUGCCUAGAGACAACACUGUGUGAGAGUGGAAUGGAUAUAUCUCAUGCAGUCACUCUAGAAUAUUGCUGUUAACGUGUUGCGUUUUUCAUUAUUAGAGUACCUUUUUGUAGUAUUUAUUCAAUAUGGUUGUCAUGUAGCAGUGUACAGUAUAUUACACCGAUAGAUUCCCAACCCUGGUCCUAGAGUAUCCAUACAUGUCAACCUAUACGGAAUGUCCAUAUUUUAUACGGAUUUGAUUCAAUAAACAUAGUAUAUGGGCGUACAAAUAAAGUUAUACGGAUUCUUUAAAAAAACUUCAAUAUUUAUUUAGAGCUAUAAUCAGUUCCCACGAUGAUAAAAGAGUGCAUAACAUUUACAAACGUACUGUACACCACAGACAGCCAGUAAAGAGUCUUAUGAAAUCGCGCGUUAUCUUGUGGUAGCGAGACUUCGUUCCACUUCUGAUCAUGCGCACACCGCAUUGCGAGAAUCUCGCCAACCCGGAAGUAACAUUUUGUUUGAAAUGCGUAUUUCCACUUGAGCGACUUUCACUAGCGACUGAAAAGAUUCUGAAUGGGCACUCCGGCAAGAUCAACACAGACACUUGCUGUGACGUGCAGCCUCGUGAGGUAUUGUUGCAGACUGCUAAAAAAGCUGUCAUGGAGUACAAUUCAGAACAUCAGAGUGACACUUUGUGUUUUUGUCGAACACUGGAGCUUUGUAUUCAUUCUGGAGGUUUAUUGUUAUUAAUAUUGAAUAAAAAGUACCUGGGAUAUAUCAUUAUCAUCAUUCAAAUUUUAGGUAAAUUAUUUUAAUUUGCAUCUUACACGGAUUUUAUAAGGGAAAUACGGAUUUUGGUUAUACAGAUUUGAUUGACCAAAGGUUGACAUGUAUGAGUAUCACCUGUCAUGUCCUGUGUUUUCCCCGCUCCAACAAACCCACUUCCACAGUGAAUUAGCUGAUUAGUUGAACCAGGUGUGUUGGGAGCAUCCACCCAUUAUCUGCAGCUGCUUAUCCUGUCCUACAGGGUCGCAGGCAAGCUGGAGCCUAUCCCAGCUGACUACGGGCGAGAGGCAGGGUACAUCCUGGACAAGUCGCCAGGUCAUCACAGGGCUGACACAUAGACACAGACAACCAUUCACACUCACAUUCACACCUACGGUCAAUUUAGAG